UCCAAUUCGGGCCGAGGCCACAGGCUUUGGGUCCUGAAACCUCCAGCUGAAAGUAGAUCCAUUCCUCUCCGCCUCGUUCAUCCGUCGAAGGUUUCUCGGCUUCAACCUCCACCUCCACAACUAUUGCUAUUGGGUCUUUCUCGUGGCUGCCGACAGCUGUCCGCGGGCCCAACCCCCAGCUCUCGACCUUUAUCUCUUCUUCUUUUCCGCUUCUGGUCCGGUUCCUCUGUCUCCCUCCUUUGCUUCCAUUCCUUGUUCCCUUCCCUCCAUUUUCCUUCCUCACUACCAAACAGAGCGUUAGGAAACGAUGUCAGUUCUAGUAGUAACAAGCUUAGGCGAUAUCGUGAUAGAUUUGUACACAGACAAAUGCCCCUUGACCUCCAAAAAUUUCUUAAAGCUUUGCAGGAUUAAGUAUUAUAAUGGGUGUCUGUUUCACGCGGUUCAAAAGGAUUUUACUGCCCAAACAGGGGACCCAACUGGGACGGGGUCUGGUGGAGAUUCGGUGUAUAAAUUCCUAUAUGGGGAUCAGGCUCGAUUUUUCGGUGAUGAGAUUCAUCUUGAUUUGAAGCAUUCUAAGAAAGGCACUGUUGCAAUGGCUAGUGCUGGGGAGAAUCUUAAUGCUUCCCAGUUCUAUUUCACACUUCGUGAUGAUCUAGACUAUCUUGAUGGGAAGCACACAGUGUUUGGGGAGGUUGCUGAAGGGUUUGAAACUUUGACCAGGAUAAAUGAAGCUUAUGUGGAUGAGAAGAACAGGCCAUAUAAGAAUAUCAGAAUCAAACACACAUAUAUAUUAGAGGAUCCUUUUGAUGAUCCUUCCCAAUUGUCUGAGUUGAUUCCUGAUGCUUCCCCUGAAGGAAAACCAAAGGAUGAGGUUGAUGAUGAUGUUCGGCUUGAAGAUGAUUGGGUUCCCAUGGAUGAACAAUUAGGUACUGCAGAACUUGAGGAGGUUCUCCGUGCAAAGGAUGCCCAUUCAAGAGCAGUUGUACUUGAAAGUAUUGGGGAUAUUCCUGAUGCUGAGAUUAAGCCUCCUGAGAAUGUUCUAUUUGUUUGUAAACUGAAUCCAGUCACUGAAGAUGAGGACUUGCAUACUAUCUUUUCACGUUUUGGAACUGUACUAUCGGCUGAGGUAAUCCGUGAUUAUAAGACUGGAGACAGCUUAUGCUAUGCUUUCAUUGAAUUCGAGACCAAAGAGGCAUGUGAACAAGCAUAUUUCAAGAUGGAUAAUGCCUUGAUCGAUGAUAGAAGGAUACAUGUGGAUUUUAGUCAAAGUGUUGCAAAACUUUGGUUCCAGUACAGGCGCAAGGAUCACCAAAAGGGUAAAGGUAAAUUUACUGCCAGAGUAUAUACAUGGCUCACACUGGUGUCAGUUUACACACAAAUCUGUGUUUUUUACAUUCCCAUGCAUGGCAUUAGAUACCAUGCUUGAGGCCCUGGGCAUGCCUUUUAACUACCCCGCACAUAGUCUGUGCUUGGCACUGGUUGAUACAUAGAUAAUGAUAAUUUGUUACGAACAAAUAUAAACAGGAAAUAUGAACACCUAAUAUCCAGCUUAUGUCAAGUUGCUUCAACAUUUCUCUGUCCAAUUAGUUAGUGAACCAGUGCAGAUCAACUCUAGUGCAGAAUAGGCUCCUGAGCACUUUUGCAGUUGCAUGACUAGAGAAUGUUUAGAGUGAGUAUAUGGAAUUUCUUGCAACUUAGAUGAUCAAGUUCUGAAUAGAUGGAUUCUAUUGAUCUAAGAAUGGAAAAGUUGAAGACAAAAGAUAACAUCUGCAAAGUGUUUAAUUACCUAAAACAGGAAGGCUUAAAAGCAAGUAGAAAACCCUUAAACUUGUGCAGAAUAUGCAGUUAAGCCUUUAUACUAUGUUUCCUGCUCAAUUAAUCCCACAUUCUAUUAUCAAUCUGAGCUAAUUAAAGUAAAUGGAAACUCUACAUGAGCAGCAACUAUGCUGGAGUAUAUGGUAAAAAUUGGGUGCUUGUUAUCAUGUGCAACGUACUUGCAAUUUGAAAAAUAUUUAACCAAACCUGAGCCCAAUUUCAUAAUCAAUAAUAAUUAACUUACAUGAAUAAAAAUAAAUCUAGUCUAAGAAAAAGAAUAUGAGAAAUAUCUGAACACCUGUGCUCCUGUGUUCCUUCUUUGCUAAUGUUCACCAUCACUGGUUUGCCAUCUUCCUUUCUCUUUCUCUCCCUCUCUCGUUGCUGUAGCUAUGCUUCCGCCACCAACAACAUUAAGAUUUUUCAUGGCCACAUUUAUUGCUCCUCAUAAAAUACCA